AUGGCCACAGAAGAAGAAAUUUCGACUUUGAAACUGUUGCGCCAAUAUCUCUUGGGGGAUAUUUCAGACCCUUUUCUCACCAACCUCAUUCCUGUAAAAGUUGAAGACCCAUCAUCAGAACUUGAUUUGGGUUCAAACUUCUCAGAGCAAAGCAGCUUCUGCAGGUUUCUAGAAUGCUUUGAUUUUAAAGCAGACAAGGAAGUGGUAGGUCUCACUUCUCAUGAUAAAAUCCAAAACUCCAUUUCAGCAAGUCCUCCCCAGAAUUCUGAUUUGGCAGAAGCAAUGGUGUCAGUGAAAAGGGAAGCAACAUGUUGUUCCGAGGCAAGGCGUUACAGAGGAGUGAGGAGAAGGCCAUGGGGGAAGUUUGCUGCAGAGAUCCGUGACCCCAGAAGGAAAGGGAACAGGGUGUGGCUAGGCACAUAUGACAGUGAGAUUGAUGCUGCUAAGGCUUAUGAUUGUGCUGCCUUCAGAAUGAGGGGUCAGAAGGCUGUUUUGAAUUUCCCCUUGGAGGCUGGAAAGUCUCAUCCAGAGCCCAACACUUGUGGCAGAAAAAGGAGAAGAGAGUGCACAGCAGCUCCCACAACUUCAAGUCAUUUUAUGUCAUGA